AGAGUCUGUUUCGCUUUCCCCAAGCGCGCGCAUUUCCCUUCUCUAGAAUAUUUCUCCCAAAUACAGCGUCGGCAUGAGGCUCCGAUCAUGGCUAUCCGGCAGUUGCUCCACCACCAACCAUGACUCCACCGUCCCAUUCUCUAUGAAACAUCUAGAAACCACCAGCUCCACCGAUAUUUCCACUACCACCGCAUCGUCAUCGGCGUCGUCCAUCGCCACCAGCCUCCAGAGUAGUGUUUCUCUCCUCAGCCUCCCAUCUCUCCCUUCCCUCCAAAACCUCCCGCCGGAAACCCUAGAUCUCUCCGUUUCUCAUCUCUGUGUUGCUUCACUUAAUCCACGGGCGAAGCUUCCGAUCACCUGCCUUGCAGUGCACGGUUACUUCCUCUAUGCCGCCUCUGCCAAUGAGGUCAGAGUCUACGAGCGGAAGACCUGGACGCUUCUUGAUACAUUCAACAGCGAAGAUUCCUCCUCUGGCUCAGUAAAGGCGGUCAGUUUCUGCGAGGGGAAAGUCUUCACGGCGCACCAAGAUUGCAAGAUCCGAGUGUGGCAGAUGAUGGAGACACAACGGCACAAGUUGUUAGCCACACUUCCUACCGUAAACGACCGCUUGCGGAGCUUCCUACUCCCGAAGAACUAUGUCAGUGUCCGCCGCCAUGUCAAGCGGCUCUGGAUCGAGCACGCCGAUGCCGUCACCGGACAAGCUGUUAAUAAUGGUUUAAUCUACUCGGUUUCUUGGGAUAAAAGCUUGAAGGUAUGGCGAGGGUCCGAUCUCCGUUGUUUGGAGUCCGUUAAAGCACACGAAGACGCCAUCAACACUGUCGCAGUCUCCGCUGACGGGACGGUUUACACAGGAUCCGCAGAUAACCGGAUACGGGUAUGGGCCAAACCGUUGGGUGAGAAACGGCACGCGUUGAUAGCGACAUUAGAGAAGCACAAAUCGGCGGUGAACACGCUAGCUCUAAGCGACGACGGGUCGGUCCUGUUUUCCGGGUCGUGCGACCGUUCGAUUUUAGUGUGGGAGAGGGAGGACAGAGCCAAUCACAUGGCGGUGACGGGGGCGUUAAGAGGGCACAAGAAUGCAAUACUUUGCUUGAUUAACGUCACUGAUUUGCUGUUCAGCGGGUCCGCCGACCGGACGGUGAGGGUAUGGCUGCGAGGGCAGGAGGGGAGGUACUGCUGCUUGUCGGUUUUGGAGGGUCACCAGAAACCUGUGAAGUCGUUGGCGGCGGUUGCGGAAGAUGAACCAAAUGGUGUAGUGUCGGUCGUUAGUGGAGGCCUUGACGGUGAGCUAAGAGUGUGGCGGGUCUUGAAAUGGAGACCCAACUGCACGUCCCCGGACAAUCUAAAAAUGGAAAUUGUGAAAUAAUAAAAGAAAAUUCAUAAAUAUCUCACUUCAUUUGGAUGUCUAAGUUUUUGGAAAAAUUUUGUACAAAAAUGAUAUUGUAAAUGCAAGGGAUAAAAGGAAAUUUGAGAU